GUGAGGCCUGAGAUUCUUUCAAACGGGAGCUUUGCUUCCCAUGACUCAGAGGGAAGUAUCAACUGGGAUAUUUCUGGUAAAACCGAAAGCAAGAAAAGCCUGGUGCCAGCUCCCAAGGGGCCGGUGAGGCUGGGGAAGUUUGGGUGCCAUCCCCAAGGGACAGAUGGAUGGACCUUUCAUCGGAGAGAAAGGAGAAGGCGCGGUGGCAGCUCAGCCGCACACCUAAGAUUGCUUGCGAGGCAGUCGCGAGGGGGAACGACAACAGACACAAGCUGGAGGGACAGCGCGGAAACACAAGAAGGGUGCAAACUUUGGCAGACUCGCUUCGUCACCAGCUACUCACCCAAACCAGAGGCAAAAUGUCCCUGAAAUUGCCACGGAACUGGGACUUCAACCUGAAAGUGGAGGCUGGGAAAAUAGCUCGGUCAAGGAGCGUGAUGACCGGUGAGCAGAUGGCCGCCUCUCACCUGUCGUCUGCCCCCAACCCUCUGGAGAGGCCCAUCAAGAUGGGCUGGUUGAAGAAGCAGAGGUCCAUCGUGAAAAACUGGCAGCAGAGAUACUUUGUGCUGAGGGCACAGCAACUCUACUACUAUAAGGAUGAAGAGGACACGAAGCCACAGGGCUGCAUGUAUCUCCCAGGAAGCACAAUCAAGGAGAUCGCCACAAACCCAGAAGAAGCUGGGAAGUUUGUCUUUGAAAUCAUUCCAGCCUCAUGGGACCAGAAUCGCAUGGGACAGGACUCCUACGUCCUCAUGGCCAGCUCUCAGACGGAGAUGGAGGAGUGGGUUAAAUUCCUCAGGAGAGUUGCUGGCACACCCUCUGGAGCCGUGUUUGGUCAGCGCUUGGAUGAGACUGUGGCCUAUGAGCAGAAAUUCGGUCCUCAUCUGGUGCCCAUCCUGGUGGAGAAGUGUGCAGAGUUCAUCCUCGAGCAUGGCCUGAACGAAGAGGGCAUCUUCCGACUGCCUGGGCAGGACAACCUGGUAAAGCAGCUGAGAGAUGCUUUUGAUGCCGGGGAGCGGCCCUCCUUCGACAGAGACACAGAUGUGCACACCGUGGCCUCCCUGUUAAAGCUCUACCUCCGAGACCUCCCAGAGCCAGUGGUUCCCUGGGGCCAGUAUGAAGGCUUCCUGCUCUGUGGGCAGCUCACGAACGCAGAUGAGGCAAAGGCUCAGCAGGAGUUGAUGAAGCAGCUCUCCAUCCUUCCUCGUGAUAACUAUAGUCUCCUGAGCUACCUCUGCAGGUUCCUACAUGAAAUCCAGCUGAACUGUGCCGUUAACAAGAUGAGUGUGGACAACCUGGCCACUGUGAUUGGUGUGAAUCUCAUUAGGUCAAAGGUUGAGGACCCUGCAGUGAUCAUGAGAGGGACUCCUCAGAUCCAAAGAGUGAUGACUAUGAUGAUCAGAGACCAUGAAGUUCUCUUCCCCAAGUCCAAGGAUGCACCCUUGUCACCCCCAGCCCCUCAAAAUGACCCCAAGAAACCUCCAGUGCCCCGAAGUUCUGUGGGCUGGGAUGCCACUGAAGACCCCCCAAUUUCUAGAACAGACAGCCUCAGCAGCAUGACAAGUGACUCUGACACAACCAGCCCCACUGGACGACAGCCAAGUGAUGGGCAUCUGGAUGACAGCAGCAAAGACCCCAAGGAAAAGCCAGGAGAUUGGAAGACACAAUCUCGAAAAAGGACACAAACACUUCCUAACCGAAAAUGCUUCUUGACAUCAGCUUUUCAAGGUACCAACAACAGCAAAGUGGAGAUCUUUAAAAAUGAGUUCUGGUCGCCUUCUUCAGAGUCCAAGGCAGGAGAAGGGCACAGGAGAGCAAUGUCUCAAGAUUUGCACCCCUUUUCUGAUGCCCAGAGGACUUCCACCUAUGAUAAUGUCCCUGCCACACCAGCAUCCCCUGGGGAUGAAGCAGGUCCACUUUCUUCCCAUGCCUGUGACUCCAGGAAAGAUAUUCCUGCCAGCCCAAACUCUGAAACUGGGUCAGGCAAAAAGAACUCUGGAGAAGAGGAUCUUGAUUCUUUGCAGAGGAUGGUCCAGGAGCUGCAGAAGAAAAUAGAAACACAGAAGCAAAUGUAUGAGGAACAGAUUAAAAACCUUGAGAAGGAAAAUUAUGACGUCUGGGCUAAGGUGGUGAGGCUCAGUGAAGAACUAGAGAAGGAAAAGAAAAAAUUUGCAGCCUUGGAGAUCAGCCUGCGCAACGUGGAGCGCUCCCGGGAGGAUGUUGAGAAGAGAAACAAGGCCUUGGAAGAAGAAGUCAAGGAAUUUGUCAAAUCCAUGAAGGAACCCAAGGCGGAGGCUUGAGUGUCCCAUGAACCUUAUGGGGACAGCCCGAGGGAGGUCCACUCUGCGGCCUUUCUUGGUGCUACCUGAUGACUGGGAAGCAAAACUAUUCUCUAAGAGGGAAAAGAUAUUUGGGGGGAAGACAUUUCAUUUCCCAGAAAAUAAAUUAGUGGAGUUUGCAGGGAGAUGAGGGUGAACACGGACAGGUGUGGACAUCUGUGAUGGCACAUCACUGUAUUCAGAGGAAUUGUGUUAUUCUGCUGCAGUCUUAAGCAGAAUCAAAUGGAACUUUCCGUGGCUGGAUGCCUAUCUCCAGUGGAGACAAUGAGGCAGGCCACAUCUCACCCAUGCAACAGGCUGGCUCCAAUAAAGGCUGGACUGAUGUGAUAGUUCUUUGUUUCCCGUGUAGAACAACUCACCUUGUCAGAUAGCCUCAGGACAUCUCUGAGACACGGGGCAGAAAAUGGUAUUUGGCUUUUGAGCACUCGCUCACCUGUGGAGUGUUGGGCUUUGAGAGGCUGCAUCUUCAGAAACCAGAGCCCCAUUCUGCCACCCCCGCCACAAUGCUCAUCCGUCAGGGGUUCUCAACCAUUAUUAGGCUAAGACACACCCAUCAACAAACUGUAUUUAUAAAAGACAAAAAUUAUAUUCAAAUAAAGCAA